UGGUUUGAACUUUAUUGAUUUGAUGGUGAGACAGGGGAAUAUCGACAACCCUCCUAAGACGCCACUCGUUCCUGGGUUUGAGUGCUCUGGAAUUGUAGAAGCUCUUGGAGAUAGUGUGAAAGGAUUUGAGAUUGGAGACCGAGUCAUGGCUUUUGUGAACUACAAUGCCUGGGCUGAAGUAGUAUGUACCCCAGUGGAAUUUGUCUACAAGAUCCCAGAUGACAUGAGUUUUUCUGAAGCUGCUGCAUUCCCCAUGAACUUUGUAACUGCCUACAUGAUGCUGUUCGAGGUUGCUAACCUGAGAGAAGGCAUGUCUGUGCUGGUGCACUCGGCAGGAGGUGGGGUGGGUCAAGCUGUUGCUCAGCUCUGUUCAACCAUUCCCAAUGUUACUGUUUUUGGAACAGCUUCAUCUUUCAAACAUGAAGCAAUCAAAAACUCGGUAACUCACCUGUUUGACAGAAAUGCAGACUAUGUUCAAGAAGUAAAAAGAAUCUCGACAGAUGGAGUAGAUAUUGUUUUGGACUGUCUUUGUGGAGAAAAUACCGGGAAAGGCCUCAGUCUUCUCAAACCACUUGGGACUUACAUUUUAUACGGUUCAUCCAACAUGGUUACUGGCGAGACAAAAAGCUUCUUCAGUUUUGCAAAAUCAUGGUGGCAGGUUGAGAAAGUAAAUCCUAUCAAGCUGUACGAGGAGAACAAAGUCAUUGCUGGAUUUUCCCUGUUGAAUCUACUUUUCAAACAGAAUCGAAGUGGCCUGAUCAAGAGUGUGAUAGACAAACUCCUGAAUCUAUAUAACAGUAAGAUCAUCAAGCCUGUGGUUGAUUCAUUAUGGGCUUUGGAAGAGGUGAAGGAGGCCAUGCAGAGAAUCCAUGACCGGGGCAAUAUAGGCAAACUCAUUCUGGACGUGGAGAAGGCACCCACUCCCCUGAUGGCCAACGACAGCACGGAGACGAGCGAGGCAGGAGAAGAGGAGGAGGACCACGAAGGGGACAACGAGAACAAGGAGCGCAUGCCCUUCAUCCAGUAACAGCCAGAGGCAGGGGAGGCAGGAAGAGCCAUGAAGGAGAAGGGAACAAGGCUGGGAAAUCUCUUCUGUGCAUCAGUGAACAAAUGCUGUAGUACAGUGUGUGUUGUAUUUGUUUGCAGUCAGCUGAGCUAUGAGCUGUUGAUCAUUGUUGUUUUGGACUCAAGUGCCAUUUUCAUCCAGUGCAGUAUUACGACACUUCUGUGUAACACCAGUUUCCCUGUAGGAGUCCCAUGGAUUUUUCUGUUCCUGUUUGAAAGCCUCAUUAACUUACUGUGUAAUUUUAGCUGGGCAUCUCUCUCGUGCAAAUUCCAACACUCUGCAUAAAGUUACUUGGGAGGUUUGGGCUUUUUUUGCAAGUUGGAAACAGUAACAAAAACAUUCCCCACUUGCUGUCUGGAAGAUUCUAGUAACUGGAGAGAUAAUUUUGUGUUUGUGAAUUUUCAGUGUUAAAAAUAGUUUCCUUUUAUGAACCACAAAUAAAAGUUGCAGCAAAGAGGAGUUCUCAUUUUCCUCAGUCAUGCUUUGUCAUGCCAUAAGCAAUCAGUCUUAGUUUUCAAAGAUACCUCACUUAGAAUCAUGGAACCAGAAGUUGUAAGAGGUCAUUGAUUGAGAGACUUUGGUAACAUCUGCUGAGGACAAAUUGACUCACCUGUGUCCAAAAUCCAAACCGAUUUUAAACCUCAUGUCCGAAUUGCAUUGGUAAGGAUCACUCAUCUGUAUGGGGAA